ACCAGGAAGCGACAGCAACUCCAUUCAGUGUGUGUGUGUGUGUGUCUGUGAGUGUGUGUGUGACGGCAGUGUCACGACGGCGGUUACAGCUCUUCAUUUCAAAAUGCGUAGAAGAACCGAAGCUCAAGCAUCCAACACCGAGCCCGUUCACGCCGACAGAAAGGAACCCCAUCAGAAAGUGCAGAGCCGAGGUGGAGGCCGAGUGUCCUACGGCUCCGUGCUCCUUACCGUCGGGAAGUGUUUACUCGUCAUCAUCUUCGUCCCUCCGUUCCUCAACUAUGCGUCGCUGCAGAGAGAAGGACAGAUGCUCUUGCCUAAAGAUGGCCUGAUUGUUGAUGUUGGUUUAGGUCAAAAGAUGCAUCUUCUGUGUAAAGGACAAGGACAACCAGUUGUCAUACUGGACGCUCCGACUGGAAUGUCUUCCGAAGUUUGGGUCCAUGUACAGGAAAGUGUGGCCACACUAACAAAGGUGUGCACCUUCGACAGAAUGGGACUGGGCUUCAGCAGGCGGCUGCUGCCCAAUGAAACCACAGGAACCGAGAAAGUCUGGGGGGUGUCGACGACUGGACGGAUGGUGGAUGAUCUGCACCGACUCCUGCAGGCCGCUGCUAUCGCCAAGCCCUUCAUCCUGGUGGGCUCGGAGCUCGGCGCGCUCAACGGCAGGUUCUACAGCCACAUCCACGACGUGCACGUGUCAGACCUGGUGCUGAUCGAUCCCAUCCCAGAGGACGCUUUUGAGGACGAGCAGUGGACGCAGUACUGGUACGGUAAGCUGUUGCCCUCCCUCCAAGCCAGGCAGUUCUCAGCAGCCACGGGGCUGAGCCGCAUGCUUCUCAUCCUCGGGGUGAUCGAACCGACCCUUAAAGAGGGAAACGUUUCGGAGGAGGUCAUCCAGCGUCAGAAAUACCUUCUGAGCAACCCGGCCCACCAGAGCAGUGCUGUGGAUGAGCAUUACUUUCUGAAUGAAAGUGCAUCUCAAGUGAGGGACAUCACAAAGUAUAAGCCGCUCUCCAGCAGUACGUCAGUGAGCGUGAUCACCGGCGACUACUUUGACCAGCAGAUACCAGAACAUCUAAACCGGAUGGUCGCCGAGCUUCAAAAGAAGUUUCUGGAGGAGUCCUACCCGUCAGCCAAUCACAUUCACAUAAAAGGAGCCGACCGGCGAAUGAUCUACAAGAAGCCAUCUGCCAUCAGCCAGCACCUGAGGAAGCUCGUCAGCCGACGACAGGCCAAGCAGCAGAGCGAGUGACCCUCGGCCAACAUGCCGCGACAUGGACACGGCCACCGUUGAAUAUGUUGUAAAUACUCAAUAAAAUAUUCAAGGAUU